AUGCGUUGUAACUUGACAAUUACAAUGCUAGAACCCAUGAGUUGUAACGUGACGAUUACAAUGCUGAAACUCGAGAGUUGUAACGUGACAAUUACAAUGCUAAAACACGUGACUCGUGACUUGACGAUUACAAUGCUGAAACUCGUGAGUUGUAACGUGACAGUUACAAUGCUAAAACUCGUGAGUCGUAACGUGACAAUUACAAUGCUAAAACUCGUGAGUCGUAACGUGACAAUUACAAUGCUGAAACUCGAGAGUUCUAACGUGACAAUUACAAUGCUAAAACUCGUGAGUCGUAACGUGACAAUUACAAUGCUGAAACUCGAGAGUUCUAACGUGACAAUUACAAUGCUAAAACACACGACUCGUGAGUUGUAA